UUUAUUUGAUUCUUUGAUUUACAUGGAAAUGGAAUCUUUUUGGUUCUUAGGAACGUUUACAUGUUUUUUUUAGAAGAAUUAGGGGAGUGUGCUAUUUUGUUGUGGAUAUGUAGGUCUGCCAAAUUGGUGUAAAUUUUUGUUUUUGUUGUUUUUUUUUCCUGUGAAUAAAAGAAGAAUUUUGUUAAAGAGAGAAAUGAAUGUAGCACAUCUUUAGGGUUAUUUUGGUGUAGCAGAUCUUCCAACUCAUUGAGGAGAUUGCUUCAGAGAGGAUGCUUGAACUAAGUGGUUCGUUAAUUUCGUUAUGGGCGCUCUGCUGUCUUUUUUCCUUUACUCUUGUGAAAGAACCAGAGUGAACUAUGAAAGGUGGUUCAUAAGAUAAGAAUGAGGAUCUUCUGUGGUGUAUCAAGUGUCACUCUUUGUACUUUGGCAGCAUUUGAAAUUACCAAUGCAGUAUCAACAAAGGGGGUCAAUAUUAGGAUUCUAAGUUCUGUUUAGUGCUUUGUCUAGCAUCACUCAUUUUGAAACAGGUCCCUCAACUAUCAAUCUUUAAAUCCUCCAAUCUCUUAGAGUCCUGACAUUUAACACUUCCAUUGACCUUUUGUUAUGCCACUGUUCAAACAGUGAGGCAUCUUGUGCUAUUGCUGCACUUCAUACUGGCAGCAGUUGUUGAAAUUGUGGAAUGGACUCCCUACCACAUUACUAUUGGGAACAUGAUCAAAUACUAUAUCAGAAGAUUUGGUAGUUGAGGGAUGUGAUUCAAAUUGGAUAAUGAUUGAGGGGCUGCAGGGUGAGGUUUUACGAUCUCUAUCUGACAUUGAUGGUCUUGCAAUUACAUUUUCAAAGUUGAACAAGGGUGUCAAUGGACCGAGAAGCACUGGGAUAAUUAGUGAUAGGGGCUCCAGAGAAAGUUCAUCUGCUGCUGAAUGGGCACAGGGAGAGGAUUUUCCUAAUUGGUUUGACCAGCAGCUACUUGACCAAGAUGGCGUUGAGGAUGGCACAAGAUGGUCGUCGCAGCCAUAUUCUUCUACUGCUCGCGUUGCAGAAUCAAAGCAUCUAUACCGAACCUCUUCAUACCCUGAGCAGCAGCAGCAGCAGCAGCAGCAGCAACCACACCACCAACACUACUCUAGUGAACCUAUUCUUGUGCCAAAAUCUUCUUACACUUCAAAUCCUCCCCUGGGUGGCCAAUCUCCACAGUCCUCACCGAACCGCAGUCAUCUAAAUAUUCAAUAUCUUGCUGGUGGCCACCAAAUAGCAUUAUCUCCCUUCUCUAAUUCUCAGCUUCCAUUGAGCAGCUUACAUCAUGGAUCACCACAUUACGGUGGGAAUUUGCCUCAAUUCAGUUCUGGUCUUUCUGCUAAUAGCCGGCCACCAAGCCAACAAUGGGUCAACCAUACAGGCUUAUAUCCUGGAGAUCAUCCCAACCGCUUGACCAAUAUGUUGCAACCACCAUUAUCUCAUCAGAAUGGGAUCAUGCCUCCACAGUUGAUCCCACAACUUCAGUCACAACAGCAUAGGUUGCACCCCCCAGUUCAGUCAUCAUCUGGCCAUUUAUUGGGCAUGCAAUCUCAAGUGUUCAAUCCCCAUCUCUCUUUAUCCCCGCCAAUGACGAACAACUUUGACACAAUGCUUGGUCUGACCGAUAGAGAUCAAAGACCAAAAUCAGUUCAGAAAGUUAGACCAAUGGUGCGUUAUCCUCAACAAGGCUUUGAUGUCAAUGGUCAGAAGUUUGAUAUUGGCUGGCCGCAGUUCAGAUCCAAGCAUAUGACUACUGAUGAAAUUGAAACUAUUCUCAGAAUGCAGCUAGCUGCAACACACAGUAAUGACCCAUACGUGGAUGAUUAUUAUCACCAGGCUUGCCUUUCAAAAAAAACAGCCAGGGCAAAGCUCAGACAUCAUUUCUGCCCAAUUCACUUGAGGGAUCUUCCUCCCCGAGCACGAGCUAAUGCUGAGCCGCAUGCUUUUCUCCAGGUCGAUGCUCUUGGAAGAAUUCCUUUCUCUUCGAUUCGUAGGCCUCGUCCUCUUCUUGAAGUUGAACCUCCAAAUUCUACUGGUGGUGGUAAUACCGAGCAGAAUUCUGCUGAGAAGCCCCUAGAACAGGAGCCAAUGCUUGCAGCUAGAGUCACAAUUGAAGAUGGUCUUUGCCUUCUUCUUGAUGUAGAUGAUAUUGAUCGUUUUCUAGAAUUCAAUCAGUUCCAUGAGGGUGGAACCCAGUUGAGACGCAGGAGGCAGGCCUUGUUGGAAGGGCUGGCAGCAUCCAUGCAAUUGGUUGACCCUCUCGGCAAGAAUGGCCACACAGUUGGACUUGCUCCCAAGGAUGAUUUUGUUUUCUUGCGUUUAGUAUCUCUUCCCAAGGGACAGAAGCUCCUUGCAAGGUACCUUCAACUUAUUUUUCCGGGUGGUGAUCUCAUGCGGAUUGUCUGCAUGGCCAUUUUUCGUCAUUUAAGGUUUUUGUUUGGAGGUCUCCUGUUUGAUAUUGGAGUUGCAGAAACCACAAAUAACCUUGUAAGGUCUGUAUCAUUAUGUGUUCGUCGCAUGGAUCUUUGUUCACUCAGUGCCUGUCUUGCUGCAGUGGUUUGCUCCUCAGAGCAGCCGCCCCUUCGCCCCCUUGGAAGCUCAGCUGGAAAUGGGGCUUCCCUCAUAUUAUUGUCUGUGUUGGAGAGAGCAACUGAACUAUUAAAUGAUCUUCAUGAUGCUAGCGACUACAAUGCGACAAAUGGGGCACUUUGGAAGGCCUCAUUUGAUGAGUUUUUUAGCCUGCUUAUUAAAUAUUGCAUAAAUAAAUACGAUGGUAUUAUGCAGUCUUCUCUAUCAGAUUCAGAUCCAGCUGAAUCUAUUAAGAGGGAACUACCUAUGGAGCUCUUGCGUGCAAGUGUUCCCCUCACUAAUGACUACCAGAAAAAGCUGUUAUAUGAUCUUUCCCAGCGUUCCUUAGUUGGUCAGGAUGGUGAUAAUGGUGGUGACAUCAAUUCUGAAGUGGUUCUGAGUUAAUAUGAACCUACAUGAAAGUCUGAUACCAGGUCACCAAGAAACACAGUUCUGUACAAGUGAAUAUAGCUCAGAGAUAUUGUUGGACCAGCAAUAUCUUAAGGAUGCAUUUAAUUUGUUCUCCCACCACAGCUAAUUCAGAAUACACGAACUAAAUGAAGCAGAGGCUUUGGGAUCAAUCUGUCAUGAGAGUCAGCUUAGCUUUUUGGAUUUAGUUUUAUUUUUUUGUCAUUUCUACUCAAUUCCAUGCUACUGCCUUGACAAAGCUUGUACAAGGCCUCUCCUGUGUUGUGGUAGAAUUCUGUUGGGUUUUUGUCAUUUCUCCAGUCCUUUUACCUUUUUGUCUCAAGAGCCUAUUUUGAUGCUCUGUUUCUGGAUAUGGAGAUGUAGCGGGGUAGUUUGUACAGGGUUUGCAAAGAGGUUUCCCACUUUCCUGUACUAUUUGUUAUCAAGGAGGUGGGGUGGAUGUGAUUUUCAUGUUCUGGUAGGGGCUAUGUGACAUCCUUGUGUAGUAAAUGGCAAUAAAGCCAAGCAGAUGCUGAUGGUUGUCGAAUAAGGCUGCGAUGGAGUUUGAAUUUUUCAAGUAAUUACCAAGUUUGCCUGUAACAAUAGAUGGUUGUCCGUCAGUUGUUUCUCUAAUAACUAUCGUUUAUAUUGCAUUAAUGCUAUACAGCAUGUGUUUCUUCUA